AUGGCUCCAUUCGAAUUCCUGAUAGGGAUCAUAUUACUCUGUAUUUGCUGCAGUGAUGCUGGCGCAGCUUCAGAGUCCGGAUACGCGGUCGUUGAGCAGCUCAGAAAUGUGCCCGACGGCUGGAUAAAACGCGAUGCAGCACCGCCGUCUGAAUUGGUCAGAUUUCGGCUGGCUAUGAACCAGGAAAGAGCCGCUGAAUUGGAGCGAAGGGUCAUUGACAUGUCAACGCCGGGUCACUCGAGCUAUGGACAACAUAUGAAGCGUGAUGAUGUCAGGGAAUUCCUGCGUCCUUCCGAGGAGGCCUCAGACAAAGUCCUUUCCUGGCUGAAAUCAGAGAAAGUUCCUGCUGGCUCGACCGAAAAUCAUGGCAACUGGGUCACUUUCACUAUCCCGGUCUCACAGGCGGAACGUAUGCUAAGAACGCGCUUCUACGCUUUCCAGCACGCGGAGACAGAUACGACGCAAGUCAGAACGCUUGAGUAUUCCGUUCCCGAUGAUAUCCGCCGUUAUAUUCAGAUGAUCCAACCAACGACCCGGUUUGGACGACCUGUCUGGCAAGAACGGCAACCACUUUUCCAGGGAACUGCUGCUAGCGAGGAAGAGCUGGCGGCGAAUUGCUCCGCAACCAUAACGCCGAACUGUCUUCGCGAAUUGUACGGGAUUUACGAUACCACUGCCAAACCCGACCCCCGCAACAGAUUGGGAGUUUCCGGAUUCCUAGAUCAGUACGCACGCUAUGAAGACUUUGAGAAUUUCAUGAGCUUGUAUGCACCCAAUAGGUCAGACUUCAACUUCACCGUGGUCUCGAUAAAUGGCGGUCUCAAUCUGCAGAACUCGUCGAUAAGCAGUUCUGAAGCCAGCCUAGACGUCCAAUACGCCUACUCUUUGGCGUAUAAAACGCUUGGAACCUACUAUACAACGGGAGGCCGAGGACCAGUCGUGUCUGAGGAAGGUCAGCCGGAUACGAACGUGUCGACCAAUGAGCCUUACUUGGAUCAACUUCAUUACCUUCUUGAUCUUCCAGAUGAAGAACUUCCCGCCGUUCUCUCAACCUCGUACGGCGAAGAUGAGCAAAGCGUCCCUGAAUCAUACUCAAAUGCAACUUGCAAUCUCUUCGCGCAACUCGGCGCACGCGGUGUGUCUGUCGUCUUCAGUAGCGGUGAUUCGGGCGUCGGUUCAACAUGCACAACAAACGAUGGAACUAGCAGAACCCGAUUCCUGCCUGUCUUCCCAGCGUCCUGUCCAUUUGUUACCGCUGUUGGCGGUACCUACGGUGUCCAACCCGAGAAAGCAAUCAGCUUCUCUAGCGGAGGCUUCUCAGAUCGCUUUCCACGUCCGCCGUACCAGGAUUCGAGCGUUCAGGGCUACCUAGAGCAGCUCGGAAGCAGAUGGAACGGUUUAUACAACCCGAGCGGGAGAGGCUUCCCAGACGUUGCCGCUCAGGCCAGUAACUUUGUCAUCAUUGAUCACGGGGAAACGUUGAAAAUAGGCGGCACAAGUGCAUCUGCGCCUGUAUUUGCAGCCAUCGUCUCGCGAUUAAAUGCUGCCCGACUUGAGAAUGGUCUGCCAAAACUAGGAUUCUUAAAUCCAUGGCUCUAUUCCCUCAACCAGACAGGGUUCACAGAUAUUGUUGAUGGUGGCUCAUCGGGUUGCUAUGUUGGCGCCAGCAACGAACAACUGGUUCCCAAUGCAAGCUGGAACGCAACGCGGGGGUGGGAUCCUGUUACCGGGCUUGGAACGCCCUUUUAUAAUACUCUGGUAAAACUAGCCACGAGCGUUUAA